AUGGCAGAACAGAAGAGAGCCUCCACCGAUCGGCUCCUUGGGGAAGCUGACAGCUCCGUGGGGUCGUCCUCGGCUCCUGUACCCCAAGGUUCAGAUGCGGAACUCGGAAAACACGGCGGGCCCGUCGUUUCUAGCGAGAGUUCUCAGCACCACGGUCCCCGUACCUCUGUGGACACCGACAGGCGCGACAACACAAGCGCCAUCACCAAUCGUCCUCACGGCCGCCACAACCUGGAGCUGGUAGAAGACAUAUACUUGGAUAACCCCGAGGUUCUGACCCGGCAGGAUCUGCGAGCCGGCUUGACGCACGAACCGUGGCCGGUGGAAACGGAAGCCAGGGUCAGACUUCUUGUCGAGCAGGUUACGGAACCUCCUCGGGUUGGGCUGUUUGAGAGGAUUGAUUUCGGCUACGACCUCCGGAUGUACAUGGAGGGUUCGAAUACGACCAUUCGGAUGCGUUGGGACAGAUUGUUGGCCUGCUACGAUAUCGCCAUGAGGGGGAGAAAUCUCGCUCUUUCCGCUCUUGCCGACGCAUCCAACAGGUCCUACGAAGGAGAAGAGCUGGAGAAACAGUCCCAGGAGGCAAUGCGGAUGCUCGCCAAGGAGAACGAAGAUCUCACUAGAGCCAUCGAGUACGUCGAAUCACAGAAUAGGCAUCAAGAAAAGCAGAUCGCAACCCUCGAGGAAAGAAACCGGACGCUUGCCAGAGAGGGAUUCGUACGCCGUGCGAGAUACGACAAGGCCCUCGGGGUGUUGGAAGCGAUGCUUGCUGAUUGGGAGGGGGGCACCGGUGUUCCGAUUUCCCGCCCGACAGCCGGUGCUAGCGGUGAUCAGGAGGCCAGGUUCGAGGCCAUCCGGCAAGGGCUCGAGGAAGUCCGCAUGGCGUCGGCGAUGAGCAACACCCGCUACCGACAGCUCCAACAUAAAUACGAUGCGUUACUUCAGGAAACUGCUGAGCCCUCCCAGGGCCGACCGUCUCAGGAGAUCAGCCCGUUCCCGAUAUCUGACCCGGGUUCUGAACCGACACUGCGGAAGCGCGAGGACGACAUGCUCAGCAACGACCCCGAAGAGGGCCGCGCUCAUCUGGACUCACAGAUGACUAGCCAAAGCGGGUCGCAGCCCUGGCAUCAGGACGAAGAGAGUGACAGAUUGCGGGAAGAGAUCGCGCUUUGGCGAAGCAGGUGCGCCGACCUUAAGUGGACAAUCGACCAACUCGAGCAUAGGCUUGCUCGUCAAGGUCUGGAGGCGGCCUAUGACGAGAAGAGCGACAGGACGAGCAUGAGCAAGAUGGAGGAUUCCACGCGUUUCCUUUCCGCCACAGGCACCGGUGCCGUUCGCCCGCUCGCAGACGAGUUAGGAACCGCUCUUUCGUUCCAGAGCUCUCAGCCGUCUCUCCCACCUAGAGACGUCAUUCAUGACAUCGAGGCAGCGCAGUUACAAGAUACCCAUCCCAGCCAGGGCUCCCAACCGUCUCUCCUACCUAGGGACGUCAUCCGUGACAUCGAGGCAGCUCAGCUACAAACCAUCCAAUCCAGCCAGGGCGUCAUGGACGAGAUAAAGGCGACGAUUGACGAACUCGUCAAGCGUGUGUCAACAGAGAUGGCAGAAGCUAAGGAGCCCCAUCGUCUCGAAGCACAGCAGAUCGUGGAAGAGUUGCAAAAGCUCUCUCUCUCUGCCGAUGCCUGGUCCCGGGAGCAUCAGAAACUGGAGGAAAACCAUGGACUGAUCCAUGGCGAGCUUGACGCCCUCCAGCGCAUGGUUCAAUUGAACGAGCAGGAGCAGCAGCGUUCCCGCGUCGGAUUGGCCCAGUCGGCAUCUGAGCAGAGAAACGGUUCGCGGUCGGUUUCCACCAUUACCCGUUCGACAUCCUCUUCCUACGAGCCGUCCGUGAUUCUGUCGUUUGCUCCUAGCGCCCACGAGAUCCGGCAUCUGAGCCUUGUCAGGGUUCUCAUCCAGGCAAUAAGAGCGCCACCGUCGCAGAACCAGAUGGGCCUGGACACGGCAGUCUCCAUGUGGCUGAACCACCUCUACUACCUGCGGCAUGAGCUCAACAGUGUGGACCCCAAUACUCCAACCGAAGACCUCAUGACCAAGUUUGGGGCAGAACUCGAGACGUUGCUGAGUUACGGCAUCGAGAAAGACGCGAGGCCUUACUACUCAACAAUAGAGCAUUAUGAUAAGCUUUUUUUCUGCCUGCACGAAUUGGGAUCCUAUGUCCCGAAGCCGUCUGUUUCUGAGAAACGACUGUUGGAAAAUAUCCGCGACAGCAUCUCGGCCGCCGAGGAGGCUCAAGAGACGCAUGGGCGCCUGGAACGAGAGCAUGAAACGUGGCGCGCGCAACACCCCCGUCUCCCUCUCAACUCCAGCCAGUUUGGGGAGGUCCUGCGGCUGGCCAGUAGCUUCCUCGAGGUUACGGGUAGUGAUUGGAAUCGGUCCUCGCCCGAGACGCGAGAGAGUGCUGCCGCCAUGGAAGAGUUACUCGCCCGGAUCCAAAAGGUGAUCGCCGACAAGCAUCUCCUCGAGCGAAGGCGGGCGCUGCAGGAUGGCAUCAAGAAGCAGGGGGAUCAGUUGGCCAAGCUGAAAGAAGCCAUACCCGAGAUCGGGGCCCGGGUUGAUGACAUGAUCGAGCAGAUGGCCGCGUUCGACAGGCUACAGUUGAGGGGAUAUUCCGGGACCACACGAGACGCUCGGAGGGUGGAUAUGACCCUCAGAGCGGGGCUCAAGAGACACGAGAUGAGGCUCCGCCGGGAGCAGCAGUUCAGCCAAGCACGUUGCGAGGAGCUGGAGGCCGGGCGAGCGAGGUUCCAAGCGUUUCUCGACCAACAAGCGCUCACGGAUCGUCGACUAGCCGAGCACGUCUUGACGCAAGCCCUCCUCAGGCUCCAAUCGGGCGGGAGCUCCCGGCCAGCACGGGCGAUCACGUCCUCCGCACGUAACUCGGAUCACUCCCGGGCGGCCGGCUCGUCGUGUCACGGCCACCACGGCCACGGCGUCCUCGCGUCCCGGGAGCAGCUGUGGACCUCCCUCUGCCGCGUCCUGACCUCGCUCACCUGGCUGCUCUUCCUCCUCUUCACCCAACCCCACCGCGUUCAGCAGACGGCGUCCUUCAUCCUGUCCUCCCUGUUCGCCAUCCCAACCUACCUCUACCGCCUCCUCGCCUAUGCCAUCUUCUGCCUCCGACUUCGCCGAGGCGGGGAAGCCCGGACGCGGCCCCGGGAUGCGCCGCCGCCGCCGCUGCCGCCGCCCAGGCUCGCCCUGCCCGCGGUCCCGCCGGCGUCGACGCUCCUCAGCACGGCGCUCGCGCUCUUCACGCUGUACGCCUGGCUGUCGUACGUGGCGGUGACGGUGGAGCGGCGGAUCUGGGUCGGGGACAACGACUGGCGGUUCGCCUACGUGCUGGACGUGACGAGCGGGCGGCCGCUGCCGUAUCCCGGGUGGUCGCCGCUCAGGGUCGACUUCCGCCUCGCCACGGACCCGGCGUGGGUCUGGUUCGAGGAGGCCGUCCACUCGCUCUGGACGUGGGAGAGGAGAGGGGUCGAUCUCGUCUCCGAUGGGACGGGUGUUGGUGGAAGAAGCGGCGGUGGUGGUGGGGUCUAG